CACCGCACGCAGACGCAGCCUCGGGUCUCCGCGCGCUCCCAGCCCCUCGGCCCUCUCUCUCUCUCUCUCUCUCUCUCUCUCUCUCUCUCUCUCUCUCUCUCUCUUCCCCCCCCUCGUCCUCGCCUCCUUUCUCUUUCACUUCGGCAGGGCCCUGGCACCUCUUUUUGAAAAUGUUGCCCCUCCACCGCGAGUCUCCGGCCGCCUCCUCCGCCGCGCCGCGGCCCCCCGCGCGCUCGGCCGCCCCCUCCGCCGCCCGCUUUUUGUCUCCCGCGCUCCCUCUCCCCACCUCCGAGCUGCUCGGCUGAGGCUCCCCCGUCCGCCAGCGCGCUGAGAGCCGGCUCCGGCGAGCCGCCGCCCCGCUUCACGCCCGAUUGCCGGCCGUCCUCCCCCGAUUAAGCAGUCGUGUGAUAUUAAUAGUUAUGAAUAUCUGCUGUUAGGAAGCUCCGGCCACGCUGCCCCGCGCUCUUCUCGGGAGCCGAAGUGGAGCCGCCGCUGAGAAAAAGAGGGGGAGACACGGAUUAGGGGACAGCGGCGCGCGCGCGCACACACGGGCGCACACACCGCUCUCUCUUUUUGGUGUUUGUUUUGUUUUUUUUUUUUUUUUGGUGGUAUUUUUUGGUUUUGUUAUUUUUUUUAUUUUUGUUUUUAUUUUUAUUUUAUUUUUUUCCUCCUAAAGAACUUUGAAUCCCCGACCGAUCGCGGCGGGAUUGAGAGAGAGAGAUCGUGGCUUCCGACCGGCUGGAGGCGCCGCGCGACCCGGCGGUGCAAGUUCGGAUGGACCCGCGCGGGGCCCCGGGGCUCGCGGGAGCGUCCGCGCGGUGACGGGCGUCCCGGGUGGCGCGGGGCUCUGGGCGCCUUUUGUGUGUGCGGCUCGCUCCGGCCGCCGAGCAGCCUUGUGCCCGGGGCGCGGUGCUGGGUUUUUUUGGGGGUUUUGUUUGUGUGUUUUAUUUUCUUUUUUUCACCCUGACUGGUUACCCCAGACUCUUCGCAGAUGUUAGUUCACAGUUUUUCAGCUAUGGACCGUCACGACGGCACCAGCAACGGGACGGCUCGGUUGCCCCAGCUGGGCACUGUAGGUCAAUCUCCCUACACCAGCGCCCCGCCGCUGUCCCACACCCCCAAUGCCGACUUCCAGCCUCCUUACUUCCCCCCGCCCUACCAGCCUAUCUACCCCCAGUCGCAAGAUCCUUACUCCCACGUCAACGACCCCUACAGCCUGAACCCCCUGCACGCCCAGCCGCAGCCUCAGCACCCGGGCUGGCCCGGCCAGAGGCAGAGCCAGGAGUCUGGGCUCUUGCACACGCACCGGGGGCUGCCCCACCAGCUGUCCGGCCUGGACCCUCGCAGAGACUACCGGAGACACGAGGACCUCCUGCACGGCCCACACGGGCUCGGCUCCGGGCUCGGGGACCUCCCGAUCCACUCCUUACCUCAUGCCAUCGAGGACGUCCCGCAUGUAGAAGACCCGGGUAUUAACAUCCCAGAUCAAACUGUAAUUAAGAAAGGCCCUGUGUCCCUGUCCAAGUCCAACAGCAACGCCGUCUCCGCCAUCCCCAUCAACAAGGACAACCUCUUCGGUGGCGUGGUGAACCCCAACGAAGUCUUCUGUUCAGUUCCGGGUCGCCUGUCGCUCCUCAGCUCCACCUCGAAGUACAAGGUCACGGUGGCGGAAGUACAGCGGCGCCUCUCACCGCCCGAGUGUCUCAACGCUUCGCUCCUGGGCGGGGUGCUACGGAGAGCAAAGUCUAAGAAUGGAGGGAGAUCUUUAAGAGAAAAACUGGACAAAAUAGGAUUAAAUCUGCCAGCAGGGAGACGUAAAGCUGCCAAUGUCACCCUCCUGACAUCACUCGUGGAAGGAGAAGCCGUCCACCUAGCCAGGGACUUCGGGUACGUGUGUGAAACUGAAUUUCCUGCCAAAGCAGUAGCGGAAUUUCUCAACCGACAACAUUCCGAUCCCAAUGAGCAAGUGACAAGAAAAAACAUGCUUCUGGCUACAAAACAGAUCUGCAAAGAGUUCACUGACCUGCUGGCUCAGGACCGAUCUCCCCUGGGGAACUCCCGGCCUAACCCUAUCCUGGAGCCUGGCAUCCAGAGUUGCUUGACUCACUUCAACCUCAUCUCCCAUGGCUUCGGCAGCCCGGCGGUGUGUGCGGCGGUCACCGCCCUGCAGAACUAUCUCACCGAGGCCCUCAAGGCCAUGGACAAAAUGUACCUCAGCAACAACCCCAACAGCCACACGGACAACAGCGCCAAAAGCAGUGACAAAGAAGAGAAGCACAGAAAGUGAGACUGUCCUCCCGCCCCGCCCCCGCCCGCCUCACCGGCCCGCGCCCCCACGCGCCCCUCCCCCGCCCGGCAGGUGACAGCUCCGGGACCAGCCACUCCUACUGCUGCUGCUACUGCGCCGCCGCCGCGCCGCCCUUCGUCCCCGGGAUCCUCCGGACUGUUCUCCCUCGACUGCCCACGAGGCAGAGGCAGCCGCGGCCUCCUCAGCGCCCUGCCUCAACCUUCCCCAUCAGCACCAACACACCCCUUUACCCUCAUGUGGAGCCUAAGAGAACAGAACAGGUCGCGAAGCCAGCAAAAGAAAAGUUCUGUCGCGUUUGUGAACCUUUUUUUUUUUUUUAAAUCAAAUCAACAACAAACAUUAAAACUUUUUUUUUUUCUAAAAAAAAGAACGUUAAAAAAAUUUAAAAAGUAUAUGAGCUUCAUGGGACUAACUCAUCGCCUUCCCUUGCAUACUUCAGAUUGUAGCCAUACUUAAAAAAAAAAAAGGCAAAGAGGAUAAUGACGUUUUUAUCAGUAUUGUGAAUAAACUUGAACACAAAUACAGAAGUUCUAUGUCCUGUCUUCAGUUGUAGAAGUUUUCUCUGCAAGGUACAGCCACCCACCUGAACUUCCUCUGAUGACACAACCCACACUUCUAUAAGGGAAUCAGUGUUCACGUCUCUGUAUAUAUUUAUUUAUGUGUAAUUUAAUGGGAUUUGUAAAUAUGGUGAGUCUGUUUUAAACCUUUUUUUUUUUUUUAAUUUAUCUGGUGAUCUCGUUUACCUCCUGUUUAGUGGGUUUUGGAUUCUCCCUAUUAGUUCUUCAUGUGGUUUUUACCUACUUAGAAAACCAAGGUAUGGGUGAUACCCCUCCCCCACUUCUGGAAUUCAUGAAUUUAGCCCCGUGGUAGCAUGUUAAUGAUGAUAAUGAAACAGCUGAACAACAAAAAAAAAAUUUUUAAGGUAAAAUAAAAUUUUAUAUAUAAUUAGUAUUACAUUUAGCUUUUCAUUGACCUGAAAGGAAAAACCGGAGUGAUAUUGGGACACUGGAAAGAUUUUUUUUUUUUUAAACUGGAGUGAUUUGAUAACUCUUCUAUGGUAUCGUGGGGAGAAAAAUAAAGUUUAUUUGAGUUCACUGUCCUCCCUUCAAAGCGUCCUCUGAGCAAUAAAUGAAUAUUGUCUUUAAACCAAGGGUUAGGGAUUUCUCUGCACUCCCUCUCUCUUCCUCUCUCUCUUUUUGUUCAACUUGGAGCAUUUGGGACCACCUGGUAUUCUGUGUCUUCACUGGCCACGGGGAAAGCAGUUCUCCAUGUACUGUGUUGAGUUUCGCUGGCAGUAGUUCCCAUGCCUGUCAAUGUAUCAUAGUCCUUUGUUGCCCAGAUAAAUAAAUAUUUGAUACGCUUUAU